UCGGGCUCUAAAUAGCUUCUAGUGUUACUGACUUGUUAGCAGUCAUUUAUAUUGAGGACAUUCGAGAGGGCUUUGAUGAGGCCUUACGGAAAAGGAGUGUAAAGAACUCUCUGACAGAAAUAUUUUGGCUUGUUCCCGACCAGAAGCGAUAGUUUGUGGAAGGCUUUGAUAUACUUCAUAAAGAGGACCUGUACUUUUAUUACCAACCUUUGAUAUUUCGUACAUUCUUAUUCGUAUUUCUUUCGUGAAACGUUCCCUCUACACAUGCCGCUGAGUUUAUGUGUUUGAUAUAUUCAAGGAGUGCGACAUCUAUCCUCAACGCCUGGUGGUAAAUUUUCAAGAAACUUCUGUCUACAACUGAGUCGCUUGACGAAAUUUUUGGAAUCCCGCGCUGUCACCUGCGCAGACAAUUUUUCAUCACGCUUGUUGCCCAAGUUUACAACAACGCGGACGUAAAGUUGAUAGUUAAAGGGAAAUAUGGUUGAAUCCCCGUCUGCGAUGAAUGUUGAUCUGAGUGUUAUGAAGCGAAUGGUAAAAGACUUUACGGCAGGUGCCAUUGGGGGUACUGCAUGUGUGAUGGCGGGACAACCUUUCGACACAAUUAAGGUCAAGAUGCAGACUUUCCCGUCGCUUUUCAAAACUGCCUUCGACUGUGGUGUUAAGACAUUAAAACAGGAGGGAUUUCGUGGACUAUAUGCAGGAACAAUCCCUUCAUUAGCUGCUAAUAUUGCGGAAAAUUCUGUCUUGUUCUUAUUUUAUGGUCAAUGUUUAACGUUAGUGAAAAAGUUAGUGGGGAAGAAAGAUGAAAAAGAGUUGAGUAUAUUGAAUAGAGCGUUUGCCGGGAGUGGAGCAGCAGUCUUCUCUUCGUUUGCAUUAUGUCCAACAGAAUUAGUGAAAUGUAGGCUUCAAGCACAACAUCAAAUGAAUAUUAUGGCUGGAAAAACUGGGGCUAAGAGUGGUGUAGUGCAAGUGACAAUGCAGAUCAUUCGUGAGGAUGGUUUUUUGGGUCUUUUUCGAGGAAUGACCUCAACAUUGGUUCGUGAAGUACCUGGUUACUUCUUCUUCUUUGGAGGCUAUGAGUUGAGCCGAUAUUUCCUCACCCCAGAGGGAAAAACUGUUGAUGAUCUCGGUGCUGUGCGGCUUACUUUUUGUGGUGGUAUUGCUGGUGUUUCUCUCUGGAUUGCUAUAUUUCCUGCUGAUGUCAUCAAGUCUCGCAUCCAGAUACUGACCCAGGGCUCUGACAAAGUACCAGGCUUCUUUGAGACAAUGUUUCAGAUUGUUCGUAAUGAAGGGCCAAGAGCUUUGUAUAAGGGCCUUGGACCAACACUUGUACGAUGUUUUCCAGCAUGUGGAGCUUUGUUUGUGGCAUAUGAAGGAACACAGAAACUGCUGGAAAAUGUUUAAUUCAUUCUGCUCACUUCUUAGAAUUAAGUAGAGUAGAUGGCUACAUGUAGGGAUAAAGCCAAGUGUCUUGUUUGACUUACAGUGAUAUUUUCUUGUGUGAGCCAAGGGAAACUGCAAAAAGAUACUAUAAGCAAUUGGACAGAAAACUCUUAACUCAAGCAUGGUAGCAAGGAAUUAUCUGCCCAUUUUAAUAGAUAAUGAUGCAAUAAUUAUUUGUAAUAAUGAAAGCCAUCAAGUUCACCUGCUUAUAAGAUGUGCUUGCAGAAAUAUGCUCACACAGAUAAAGUUGUUUAACUCAUCUACCAUUUAUUUUGUCUUCUGAAACCUAAUGUUACUGGAACCAUAAAUCCUUCUUUAGUGAUGUCAAUGAGACACAAAAAGGCACUUUUAAAAAGGGAAAACAAUGUGUAGAUUCAUCCUGUUACCACAAGAAGUUUGGUAUCUUCAUUGCUUGCCAUGAUAAGAAAUUCUGGCAUUUCACAAGUAUCUAUGUUAUUACUGAUACAAAUUAUUCAACAGUUUUAUCAUAUAUUAUGCAAAGAUAUUAAUAAUAUUUCUUUUUUUUAUAAGGAAAGCAAAGGGAAUAUACCUUUGGAGUGAUGAAUCACUGAUUGUGAAUGUAUUAAAGCAUACAUGUGAACUGAAGUUCACAGUCGUUGAUUCAUCACUUCGUGGGUUUAUUACAAACCAACAUAAUGACCAGCUCACAGUUGGCUUAUUAGCUCAGUUGGUAGAGAACUGCUCCAGUAUCACAGAGGUCAUGGGUUCAGAUUCUCUACAGGCCUGAAGUUUUUUUCUACUGCUUAAGUAGUGUUCAUUACUGCAAAGAUCGCUUUAAUAUUCAUAUACUUAGUUAGGUAGGGUUUUUUAUGUACAAAUGAUAUAUUUAUAUUUCAGCAAUAACAUGGUUUCAUUUUCAGUUAGAUGUUAAAUGAAGGAAUGAAUAGCUAAAUUAAGGCCUGGCUUAUUUAUUAACAUCCUGAAUGCUAUAGCUAUUAUUUAAAAUAUGAGUGACUAUUUUAAAAUAACUACAAAAGUCAUCAUGACUGAAAUUCUUAAUUUUCUUUGUUUUUAAUAUAAAUUCACCAUCUGAAAAGGUGAAUAAAAGGGUAAGUUUCUGAAGAAAUUGUGGUGCUGUGUCAGAAGGUUUUGCAAGAUAAUCUGAUUUGCUGACUUAGUUGAUACUGUAAAUUUUGCGCUGUAAAGAGUUUCUGAUGCUCAGAAUGUCAGCUUUAGUACAUCUUUGCAGUAGCUGUUAUCUACUCCAUUUAUGAAACCAAAUUACCUGAAAAGGUGGCUUCUGUAAAGUAAAGAUUGAAUCAGUCACAUAAUCUAGCCAUUUGUGAAGCUAGUCAGUAGGAUUUUGUUUUUUGUUUUUUUUUUUUACUGAUGGUACUUGCCAGUAUCUUUGACUUAUUUGUGUAGUAUUAUGUUAUUUUUAAA